CUGUUAGAUGUGAGGAGGGACUAUUUAGUAGACUCCGGCCCCUUGCGCUUAGACAUCAUACAAAAUCGCUGCUUGCACGAAUUACACAUGUGGCUGCAGCACCUUUCAGAGCAACAUACAACUUCCCCAUCUAUAAGCCCGGCGUGAUAUAGAAGUCUUGCUUUGGUCAAGACUGCACGACGAAAAUGCCGUUCCAUAAUGGUUGGCUUCCUCGCGAGGGCUUCACGGCCGAUCCGGUCCUAAGCCUUAUCGGCAAGACCGCCUUCAACCCUGCGCUCCUGCUGCCCCUUCUGCUGGCUGCGCAGUUCACCAAGAAGGGCGAGGAUCUGUCGAUUCUACAUCCCCUGGCGUUUUCUAGGGUCAAGACGUUCUUUUAUCUCGGGCUGGCGAAGUGGCUGAGCGCGUACUACUCUGAGGGUGUCGUCAACAACUGGACCAGUGAUCCGUAUGAUUGGCCGAGUGAGGUCGUGGUCGUCACUGGUGGUGCCGGCGGCAUUGGAGGACAUGUGGUGAAGCUCUUGGCAGAGCGUGGCGUCAAGGUCGUGGUUCUGGAUAUCCAGCCAUUGACAUAUGAGGCUGGCCCGAACGUCCACUACUACAAGUGCGAUCUGACCAGCACAUCGGACAUCAAGGCAGUCGCCGCCAAGGUGCGAUCCGAGGUGGGCGACCCCACGAUCCUCGUAAACAACGCCGGCAUCGCGCGCGGCAAAACCAUCCUCGAGACCUCGGAGAAAGACCUGAAGUUCACCUUCGACGUCAACACCUUCGCGCACUUCUACACGGUCAAGGAGUUCCUCCCGGCCAUGGUCAGGCGCAACCACGGCAUGAUCGUCACGGUCGCCUCUUACGCCGCCUGGCUGACCGUCCCCAACAUGGUCGACUACGGGGCGUCCAAGGCCGCUGCGGCGUCCUUCCACGAGGGCCUCACGGCCGAGCUGAAGACGAGGUACAACGCGCCCAAGGUGCGCACUGUCGUGGUGAACCAGGGGUAUACCAAGACCGCGCUGUUCACCGGCUACCACAAUGACAGCCCAUUUUUGGUGCCCACGCUCGAGCCCGAGAGUGUUGCCGAGUCCAUCGUCAGGCAGAUACUGACCGGGAAGAGCGGAGAGGUCGUCACCCCCAAGUUUGGAACGACCCUGAAGGCGCUCAGGGCAAUGCCGCAUUGGUACAGUUAUGGCCUCCGGGCCAAGGCACAGAAUAUCAUGACCAACUUCAGCGGUAGGCAGGUCGUCAAGGACUUGGAUAAGCAUUACGAGGCUAGGGAGCCGCAGAAGAGCGAGGUUGAGGACAGCACAGUGCUCGUGCCAGAAGCCAACUAAGGGCAAGGUCGAGUGAACGGGCGUGACAAGGCUUCAUUGAGGGAAAUAACAAGGGAAAUCGUUUGGAUAUGAUGAUGUGGUGACAAUGUGACCCACGUGCAGUGGGUGGAGGGUGAAAUUAAUCAACAUUCCAAGCUUGAAGGCUCCCAUAAUCUACGUGGCACGGCUAGACGCAUUAUCCUAAUGGUAGUCGCAAAAGACACAGAUAAUAUGCAAUAAGUGUACCUGCUUCCAACCAGUCCCCAGCGUGGGAUCACUGAAAGUCCUGGGGCCUGGGGUCCCUUUCAUCGUGGCUCAGUGGUAGUUCGGGGUGCUUCAGCACCCAUUAGACGGCUCCUGGCAGGGUUUCAAUUCCCAAAGGUGCCCGGUUCAACUGGG